CAAUAAAGUUUAAACCUUUUCAAAAUAUAUAAACAACCCUCCACUUCUCUCUUCUCUACUUCCAUAACUCACACCCUCCAAUUUUACCAAAAAAUAUUUCAUUUCCAUCUUCAUUAAAUUCUUUCAAUUUCCCCCCUACCAAGGUUUAGGUUAUGUGCAGUGGUUCCAAGAGUAAAUUUUGCCCUGCCAUGGAAGGAAAAUUCAGCAGCCAAAAGGUGUAUAAAUGUUCAUCUUUACUUGAAUUGUCUGCCUGUGAUGAUCUUGUUGGAUUCAGAGCUGAAGUUGAAGAGAAGGGUUUAGAUGUUGUUGAUGAAGCAAGUUAUUGGUACGGUAGACGUACCGGCUCGAAAAAGAUGGGGUUUGAAGAGAGAACACCUCUUAUGAUUGCAGCCAUGUUUGGAAGUUGUCAUGUUUUGAAGUAUAUUGUCGAAACGCGGAGAGUUGAUGUUAAUCGGGUUUGUGGCUCCGAUAAGGUUACGGCGCUUCACUGUGCUGUUGCUGGUGGUGCUAGUUCUUUGGUUGAAACUGUUAAGCUGUUGCUUGAUGCAUCAGCUGACGCUGAUCGUGUUGAUGCUAGUGGAAACAAGGCUGGUGAUCUUUUUACCCUGUCUAUGAAGUCUUUGGGAAGUUCAAGGUGGAAAUUGGUUGAGUCGUUGCUGAAAGGCGAAAACUUGAGCGAAGACGAGGAAGAGAAGAUGAUUUUGAUGUCUCAGCCUGGAAAAGACGGAGUGGAGAAAAAAGAAUAUCCGAUUGAUGUGGCGUUGCCUGAUAUUAACAAUGGCGUAUACGGUACGGAUGAGUUUAGAAUGUACUGUUUUAAGGUUAAGCCUUGCUCGAGGGCGUACUCUCACGAUUGGACUGAGUGUCCGUUUGUUCAUCCUGGAGAGAAUGCAAGGAGAAGAGACCCAAAGAAGUUACCUUACAGCUGUGUUCCGUGCCCUGAGUUCCGUAAGGGGUCGUGCCAGAAGGGCGAUGGUUGUGAAUAUGCACAUGGUGUUUUUGAGUCAUGGCUGCAUCCUGCUCAAUAUCGUACUCGGCUUUGCAAGGAUGAGAUUGGUUGUGCUAGAAAAGUUUGUUUCUUCGCUCAUAGACCCGAGGAGUUGCGACCCGUGUAUGCUUCAACAGGUUCCGCAAUGCCUUCGCCUAAGUCUUUGUCGGCUAGUUCAAUGGACAUGGCGACAUUAAGCCCAUUGAAUUUGGGAUCAUCAUCUUUGGCAUUACCUUCGGUCUCAACUCCACCUAUGUCCCCGUUGGCAACUGCCUCGUCAUCACCGAAGAACGGAGGUUCAUGGCAGAACAAACUUAAUCUUACACCACCGACUUUGCAACUGCAAGGGAGUCGAUUAAAAACUGCUUAUUGUGCUAGAGAUUUCGAGUUGGAAAGGGAAUUGCUCGGGCUAGAAAAUCAUAAUAGCCAACUUCAGCGACAACAAUUGAUCGACGAGUUAUCUGGUCUAUCGUCUCCAUCUUACUGGGGCAACAGGGUUGGAGAUUUAAAGCCUACUAACCUUGAUGAUGUUUUUGGAUCUAUGGAUCCUUCUAUGUUGUCUCCCCUACAUGGGUUGUCAUUAAAAUCGUCAAGACCGACGCAGUUGCAAUCGCCAACUGGACUUCCGAUGCGCCAAAACAUGAACCAACUUCGAUCAAGCUACCCAUCUAAUCUCGCAUCCUCUCCGCAGUGGAAUCCAUCUGCUUCAUAUGGUUUCGACUCAUCAGCUGCAGUGGCUGCAGCUAUGAUGAAUUCGAGAUCUUCUGCAUUUGCCAAGCGGAGUCAUAGUUUCAUCGACCGUGGAGCAGCUACUAACCGUCUUGGAGUCACUGCAGCUGCAAAUUCCGCAUCGAUGAUGUCAUCCAAUCGGUCCGAAUGGAGCUCUCCUGACGGAAAAUUGGAUUGGGGAGUUCAAGGAGAUGAGCUGAACAAGCUCAAGAAAUCCGCUUCAUUCGGUUUUCGGAGCAGCAACAAUCCGGCAGCAACACGGAACUUCAACUCGCCCAAUGUUGAUGAGCCUGAUGUGUCUUGGGUUAAUGCAUUAGUUAAAGAUGUUCCUCCGGUCCGAAGUUCAUUGUUCAGUGGUGCUGAAAAACAGUAUAAUAUCGGAACAGGAGUUCGCGAAUCGAUUCCGCCGUGGUUGGAGCAAAUGUAUAUAGAUCAAGAGCAGAUGGUGGCAUAAGCAAACAUCUCAUUGCUCCAAAGAUUAUCCUGAAAAAAUGGAUCAUAACCCCUCAAUUUAUUGUUAAUUGUCUUACAAUUUAGGAAACAAAAUUGAAAAUUCAUACAAAUGAAUUAAGAGCAAUAGAUUAAAACAUUAGGAGGAAGAAGAGAGGAUUAAUUUUUUAAAUUAUUUAUAUUCUUAUUUAUUUAUAUGCUUUGUAAUUUUAGUGCAAUAUGAAGAGAUUAAUGUCAUUCUCUCUAUUGAAUAUUAA